AAAAUAAAAAGCAGAGGACAGCAGGCAGGGUAGAAAGGAGCAGAGACAGCCAAGAUGCUGAAGCGGCUGCUGCUGGCACUGUCCCUCCUGGCUAGCCUGUUGCAAGCGGCCCCUCGCCCAGCUGAGCAGCAAGUGGGCAUCGUGGGAGGCCGAGAGGCUUCCGAGAGUAAGUGGCCCUGGCAGGUGAGCCUGAGAUUUAAAGCCAACUUCUGGAUUCAUAUCUGCGGAGGCUCCCUCAUCCACCCGCAGUGGGUGCUCACUGCGGCACACUGUGUGGGACCGCGCAUCCAUAGCCCAGAGCUCUUCCAGGUGCAGCUUCGUGAGCAGCAUCUCUACUAUGAGGACCAGCUGCUGCCUGUGAACAGGAUCAUCGUGAACCCCAACUAUUACACGGUCGAGGGUGGGGCAGACAUCGCCCUGCUGGAGCUUGGGGACCCUGUGAAUGUGUCCAGCCAUGUCCACCCCAUAGCCCUGCCCCCUGCCUUGGAAACCUUCCCCUCAGGAACAUCAUGCUGGGUGACAGGCUGGGGCGACAUUGAUAAUAAUGAGCCUCUCCCACCACCUUAUGCCCUGAAGCAAGUGAAGGUCCCCAUUGUGGAAAACAGGCUCUGCGACCGGAAGUACCACGCUGGCCUCUACACAGAAGAUAAUGUUCUCAUUGUCCGUGAUGACAUGCUGUGUGCGGGAAAUACUGAGAGAGACUCCUGCCAGGGCGACUCAGGGGGGCCGCUGGUCUGCAAAGUGAAGGGUACCUGGAUGCAAGCAGGUGUGGUCAGCUGGGGUGAGGGCUGCGCAGAGGCCAACCACCCUGGCAUCUACACUCGGGUGACCUACUACUUGGACUGGAUCCACAGCUAUGUCCCUGAGCACUCCUGAGCCGAGCUGCUUCCGGGGUUAAGGAAGAGCCAGGCCCCUGUUGCUUUUAACUCACUGCGUCCUGCCCAGGUGGAACUCUUGCCUUUUUUGUCCUUCUCCCUCCCCAGUCCCUCUGAGGCCCCACUUUGUUCUACCUGAGCCCCUGGCUAUGCAUGUCCCCUCUGCCUGCC